AUAUGACCUCAGUCAGUUUCACGGUGAUCUGCAGUGAGAUUUUCCAAAAUGUUCAAAAUCGCUUCAUUUUAUUUUCUACUAUUCACUAUUUUUUCUUAUGUGGUGACUGAAGAAACAAAAGAUACUUAUUCUGACAAAUAUGACUACAUAGACGUUGAUGAGAUUUUGGCAAAUCCACGAAUGGCAGAUACUUACUAUAAAUGUUUUAUGGAUCUUGGACCAUGUAUAACGGCAGAUCAAAAAUUCUUUAGAGAUUUUAUACCAGAGGUUUUCGCAACUCAGUGCAGAAAAUGCACUGAAAAACAAAAAAUAAUGUUCGACAAAACUGCUGAUCACUAUUCAUCGAAACUUCCAGAAAAAUGGGAAGCUGUUAUCAAAAAAUACGUUAUUGAUCGAGCUGGUUUAGGUACCGACAAAAAAUCAAUGCCUAUUCCUGCUGGCCAACAGAAAAACUACUAUUGGCGAGAAAAUUCGAGUCCUCUGGCUUUGACGUUGAAAAAGUGCGUGAAGAAAAAACGGGAGCGGAUUGGAGCCACCCUGAAGUUAGUUGACGAGCGCAGCUCAACUCUCGCAUGCGGUGAACCGUCGGCCCGUAAAAGAGGGGCUGGCGAAGCAGCGUGUGUGUCCUACAUACGCGCGAACGCUUGCUGCUGGUCUACAAAGGGUUCUCCGCAUGUGAGAGCCGAGCUUUUUCUUCAGUUUACUUCUUUAGUUCAUAGCCAAGCCCUGCCCCAACAACCCUUGGUAAAAAUGUAUAAAAAUUUUGUAGUUUUAAUUUUGUUUUUUUCUUUAACUGUUUGCAUUUUGUCAGAAAAAAUAGAACUUUAUUCCGACAAAUAUGAUUACGUCGACAUCGACCAAGUUUUGAGCAACGAUCGUGUUCGGCAUCAAUAUUACCGAUGUUUCCUUGGCACUGGCCCUUGUCUUUCUCCUGAUGCCAAAUUUUUAAAAGAUAAACUUCCUGAGGCCCUCGUGACGAAAUGUAAAAAAUGUACCGAGAAGCAAAAAGUAGGUUUCGAAAAGGUUGUUUUGUAUUACACAGAAAAAGAACCAGAAGCUUGGAAUCAUGUUUUAAGAAAAGCGGUCAACGAUUUCAAGAGGCCCAUAUGAAUUAUUAUAAAUAAAACGAAUUGUUUUAAAUUAAAA